CGACACUUCCACGCCGAGUCGUCACUAAGUACAGACCCCUCUCUGGAUAGCGGAAUUCUGGAUUUUCGAAGAAUUAUAAGACUUUCUUUAUGCAGCUGGGAAAUACGUCUUCAACAUGCGAGCUUUACUUUUACUGCUUUUGACUGUGUUUAUUGCGUAUUGUGAGUCUACUCGAAUUCGACCGGUGUCGAAACAUUACAAAGUAGGACUUCUGCGGAGGUUCGCUCCUUUUCGAAUCCGUCCGGCUUUAAGAAGGCGUUACUAUGGAUACGGGAUGCAAAAGAUGCCUUAUUACUCAGGUUACGGAGGUGUUCGACAAUAUGGAGGAUAUCGCCCCAGCAUGUCCUACGGUUCGCUAUCCAGAGGUUAUGGCCCAAUGCACGGUGGUAGACGGAGUUUCGUGAGACAACCGUACAACAGCAAGAAAUCGUACGGUCGGCAAAUGAUGCCCAGGAGGAGAAUCAUCCCGUUAAAAUUCGGUAAAACGUGUGGAAAAUACGAAGUUCUAGUGUGCAAGAAGUACACAAAGAACCGCUGCUUCAAGAUAUGCGGUUACAAGGGCUGUCAGGUUGGAUGCACGUGCAGCUGUCGACGGAAACCAAGGAAAAUUGUUAGGCCACAAAUACUUCCGAGGAAACAGAAACUCAUGCCAAAGCGUAUAAUUGCACCCCCAAAACACGUCUCUGAACAUAUCAAUAUAUUACCAAACAAACUGUCCAUUCCUAUGUGUGGGAAAAAAUCGUUUUUGAGAUGCAGUGCCAUGAAAAUGUCUCACCUGUCAAAUCAUGAUUGCUCCAACGCAUGUAUGAUCAAGACAAUAUGCCAACAGGGAUGUAUAUGUAGAUGCAUGUCGAAUAACCUGAUUGGCCAAGGCAUUGGCGUGGUUGGAAGUGGAAUGUCCGGACUAGGAGGGAUAGGUCCUGGCUUUGUUAGUGGCGGAUUGAACGGAGGACCUAUUGACGCGGCUUUGGGUCCAAGAUUCGAUGUUGGACGUGCGCGUUUAGAUCAUCACUUGGGUCGACCUGUUGGUAUAGGCGGAAUGGGAGGCGGCGGACUCAAGGAGGAGAAUGUAGAAGUCAAAAUUGACGUGAUAAGUGAGGGAAACCAGGAUGGCGGAAUUGGUGGAAUCGGUUCAGGGGUCGGUAUAUCAACAGGAGGGCUAGGCGUGGAUCCUACUUUAGGUGUAGGAAUAGGCGGAGGUGAUCUAGGAUUCGGCCACCAUAAUUCAGGAUUACCUAUUGGCAUACUGGGAAUGGGGGAAAGCUUCGGAGGUGGAGCGGACCUGUCUUUCCUUGGACCAGAGGGAACAGAUUUAGGAUUUGGUCAGGGAUUGGGUACUAACUUGGGUGCUGGAAUAGAUGCCGGCAGCCAAGGGCUGGGAGGCAUCGUUCAGGAUUUGGGACUCCAAGAUCUAGGCGGAUUAAACACUUUUGGCUUAGGUGGUAAUGUUGGGGUCGGAAUUGACGGAGGAGAAGGAUUAGGAAACGAUUUUGGAAUGGCUGGAUUGGGUCUGGAUUUUGGUUUUGGUACAGGAAAUGCAGGUGGUGGUAUAGAUAGUAAUCUCGGAAUAGGUCUCGGUGGACAUGGAAUGGAUCUAGGACACAGUAAUGUGGGCGUAGGAGUAAACGAUCUUGGUGGAGUUAAUAACGGUGUUGGUGUAGGUACUGGUAUAAACGGAUUAGAUGGCCCUGGUCUGGGUCUUGGGUCCGACCUCGGAAUUGGUGUCGGAGGGCCUGGUUUUGAUUUUGGAUCCAAUCCUGGAGUCGGCGUCGGAGGGGCUGGUUUUGAUUUUGGAUCCAACCCCGGAGUCGGCGUCGGAGGCUUUGGUUUUGAUUUUGGAUCCAAUCCUGGAGUCGGCGGCGGAGGGUCUGGUUUUGAUUUUGGAUGCAAUCCUGGAGUCGGCGGCGGAGGGUCUGGUUUUGAUUUCGGAACCAAUCCUGGAGUCGGCGUCGGCGGGUCUGGUUUUGAUUUUGGAUGCAAUCCUGGAGUCGGCGUCGGAGGGUCUGGUAUUGAUAUUGGAUCCAAUCCUGGAGUCGGCGUCGGAGGGUCUGGUAUUGAUCUUGGAUCCAAUCCCGGAGUCGGCGUCGGAGGCUCUGGUUUUGAUUUUGGAUCCAAUCCUGGAGUCGGCGUCGGAGGGUCUGGUUUUGAUAUUGGAUCCAAUCCUGGAGUCGGAGUGUCUGAUCACGGUAUCGGAACUAAUCAUGGUGUUGGAAUUCAGUCCGGUCAUGGGUCAAAAACUGGUCUUGGACAUAAUGCCGGUGUAGGAAUCGACCAGGGACAUGGUCCCGAUCUAGGUCUUGGACACAAUGCCGGUGUAGGAAUUGACCAGGGACAUGGUCUCGAUCUAGGUCUUGGACACAAUGCCGGAGUUGGAGUUGCCGUGGGACAUGGAGCCGAUUCAGGUUUUGGACGCAAUCCCGGGGUCGGAAUUGACCAUGGACAUGGAUCCGAUCAUCGUCGUGGACACAAUAGCGGCGUCGGAGUUGAUCAAGGACACGGAAAAGCUGGUUUCGGCAGUGGUUCAGGGGUAGCAAUAGCUAAAGAUCAGUCACAAGGCGGAGGAUUAGAUUUGAGUGGCAUUGCUCCAGGUUUAAAUCUUAAUCUAAAUGGAUUAGGUAUUACUUCUGAUGCUAACAAUCACAAUCAAGGCGGACCAGCAGAUCCUUUAAUGUUUCAGGAUCCAACUCUCCCCCCGGGUGGUUCCAAUGCUAUUGCGGUCGCUGAUACAGGAAUGAAUAGUUUCGGAUUGUUUCCUGACAUGGGUUCUCCGGGUUUGGGACUAGAUUUGAAUCCUAGUUUAGACUUCGGGCAGCAGGCUCGCAACGAUCCGCUCAAUUUUCCUUUGUAGAAUCAUGUAAUUUUUUUAGAGUUAUCGCCCUUCAUGCGAAAUUGUCAUAUGUGGAAUUCAAAAUGCUUCCGUCUCAGAUGUAUUAUAUAUAUCAAACAAUACAUUUUGAUUUGCAAUGCGAUCCUCUCUGAGAAAAAUAUUAUCUACUAGUUUGAACAGGUUAAUGGUUUGUGUAUUGGGAAAAAAAUAUAUUUAUUUUUUACCUGUGCUCGCUCUUUCUAUCUAUAUUUCGUAGAAGUAUGAACAUUAAAUUGACCAACUGACAAAUAGGCGUUUUCCAGUGUGAUACCACAAUGAUCUAUUUUUGAUAUCCUCAUAAUACAAUUGUACACAAAGGGUCAAAAGGUUAGAUGUUCUUAGGAUCUCACUUUGGCCGGUCAAUUUAUGACGGAACUACUUUGAUCAGACGCCCCUCACUGACAUGCAAUGACUGAUAAAGCGAACAAUACUACAUUGGGACAUAAGAUAUGAUACAUAUGGACGCGAUAACGAUGUAGUAUUCAGGAGGCCUCUCGACUGGCCGUAGUCGCUGGUUGUUCGCUCAUGUCACGCAGUCAUAGACAGAUUAUCGGAAAAUAAUAUAUAUGUCUUUAUAUCGCUGCUUAUACAGACGUAUAAUAGAUAAACAAAUUUAUAUUUUUAUAUAUACAUUCAGAAACAUAUAUGUUACAUUUCAGAAUGAAACAAAUGACAAAAUUGACCUUUGCCUAAUAACUGAUGUCAAGUUUUAAAAGUACACUUGAAAAUAUUAAGAUUAUUUUCAAUGAAUUCAUAAUAACAAUAAUUAGUAGUAUUUAAUUUUUAGGUGGGUGAUAUAUUUACAUACAUUACAAUUAAGAAAAUGCGGUUAUCGCUUACUCCAAACUAAAAAGACUUUCCCACCAAAACACUAUAAACAACAAACCUCUAUAUUAUAUUGGCAUAAUUAACACCAGAAGAGACGAAACAGUUAAAGAUUAUCAUAUUUCAGAUUUGAGUUUGUUUCUUUUUUCAAGGUUUCAUAGAAUAGCAAUUUGUAUUUCAUUUUAGAUAUUGUUUCCAUAAAAUAAUGUUAUAUAAAUACAUUUUGUUCACUUGUGCUACGUCGAAAGUCCCCAUCGUUCAUGAUUCAGAUUUUUAUACAUUACUAGUAGUGUUCAUAUUUUAUGGAAAAUAGCUGUUAAUUUUAGUUUUUAGUUAUAAUGAAAGAUAAGUUUCAUUUAACAGAUAAGAAUUGGAUACGUAUACAAAAAGAUCAUGCUAAAUCAAUCCGUUUUGAAUGAAUAAAAAUAUUUCGUCGGUUAUGCAGUCCUUUGAUUAUGCCAUUAUUUCAAUGAAUUGUAUGCUAUGUAUAAAAACAUGAACGACGCUUUAAAAUAAAAA